AAGUAUUUACGUACAAAAAAAAGCAAAUAGAAAAGAACAAGACUAUAGAGGAGUAGUUGUGUACUGCACUGCAAGUGCAAAGCAACGCGAGGCUGUGAAAGCAAUACUGUAGCGAUUUCCAUUGAAAUUUGAAAAGAAGCAAUGAACAUAGACGAUAACGUGGCUUCUUUAACCCCAAAAUUCCCAGUUUCCCAACUCAAUUUCUCUAUUGAAAUCAAGGGAAACAAAACUGAAAUCAUCAUUUCAAGUUACGAAGAUCAUUUUAUGGUCGUUGCUACUCAAAUAGGAGCUAUGGGGACAAUACUCCAUGCCAGGAAGGAGGAAGGGAUGUCAAUUAGCCCAACAUUCAACGUUUCUGUUUUAUUUGGCAAACGAGAUGAGCCAAUGUUAGUAGCAUGUGCACGCCAGCUGAUUGAGCAUAUGACUUUGUCUGGUGUCUCUAAGCCAUUGGUGCUCUCACUUGGCCUUAAAGACCAUUCUGUGGAGACAUUGAAAGGCAUUGUUUCUGCUGUGAUUGACAAGAGGCUGUGGUAAUGAAUCGAUGAUGAAAGUUCAAAAUUCAGAUUUUUAGUAUGCCGGAAUGCGCAUAGCUCAACCUGGUGGAGUUGGAAAGUAAUAUUUGAUUACCAUAUGCUGAUUAUUUUUUUACUUAAUAUUGUUUUUUCGGCAGUAAAUCUAAUUGCAUUGACCUGUGGUACUUUCAGAUUAUAGUAACCAAUUUACUUUUAUUACUGCAACUUAAUCUCAUUUUCUACUUUAGCUGUGACAAAUUGAAGUAUUUAAUUAUUGUUAUCAUGUUAUGCAAACUUAAGUUAAUAUCUUAUUUUUAACUA